AGUCACUAGAAAACUCUCGAGCUGUGCACUUCGACGUGUCUGCAAACGUGAUUUUUCUAAAUAUUGUUUAAUAAAAGAGUGUUAACUAAAGCACCUAACAUUGGCAGUGCAUGUGUCAAACAAAAGACUUAGGCAACAAACGUGCACAAAUUAUGGCGCAGUCAAAACAAAUCAAAUCAAAAUCAAAGCCAAAUGGCUGCAGCUGGCGCUUAAAGGCAUUUGCAGUGCUGCUGCUAGUCACACAGGUUGCCGCACAGGAACCGGCCGCGGCGCCAACUGAAUUCGCACCACAUGUCACAGCCACUUGCAAGGCGGGCACCAUGAACAUUAAGGUUAAGUUCAGUGCCGGCUACACGGGCGCUGUGCACGCAAGGGAUCAUCGCACACAGCCCUGCAUGGCGAUGGGCGACGGCACUGAUGCUGUUGCCUUUAGCCUCAAUCUGUGGGCCAAGCAGGGCGCACCGGAUUAUUGUGGCAUUUUGGUCAGCAACGUGAGUGGCAGCAAUCGCACAGAGGAACGCUCCAUACAGCUGGCGGUGCGUGUGCAUAAGACGCUUGAACUGGCUGAUGAUAAAUUUUAUGUGAUUACCUGUGGCAAAUCUGGUUACACACGCGAUGACAAUGCUCAUGUGGUGCUCAAGUUCUUGGAGAAUGAUCAUCGUGUGCGCGAAACAGUCUAUGGACAUGAGUACAAAAUUCGCGCCGAAUUCUCAAAGCCGAACGAUACGUAUGGUCUGCGCGUGGGCAAUUGCUUUGCCUUUGACAAGAAGAACGUCACCCUCAAGCUGACAGAUGAUCGCGGUUGCCCCCAUGAUGCCAACCUGAUGAGUCGCUUUGUACCCACUGCCGAUGGACGCGCUGCUGAGGCAACAUUGGUAACCAUGUUUAAGUUUCCCGAAGGCUCGGAGGUGCAUCUGCAGUGCGAUGUGAUUCAGUGCUAUGGACGUUGUGUGGAGAUUGAUGAUUGCAGCGACGUGUCGCUGGCUGGCUUCACCAAGGGCGGCAACGGCAAUGGGCCACGCAAAUAUGGUGCCAACGAGGAGGGAACCAGCAUAGCGGGCACCACAGUGUUUGUUUUAGAUCCCGCCGAGGCGCGCUUAGUUUCGUCUAGCUGUGAGGAUGGCAUCCGACCCAGCUGGCUGCUCUGGCUGGCCAUCACAUUGGGUGUGCUGUUCUUGAUUAUGCUGCUCAUGAACAUAUUCCUUUGCACUGCCAUGAGCUGUAGUUGUGCCAAUACGGAGAUCAUUGAGAAGGAGCCUUCCAUCAUUGAGGAAUAUGAUCCAUAUCGUAGCUGGCAUGGCAGUCAGUACGGCUCGCGUUAUUCCCUGCAUGGUCGGGAUGCGCACAAGGGCUACACCAGCGGCGGCUCAACGAUACACUCAAAUAGGUCUAUGCCAAUUGAUAACGAUUAUGCAAUUGUCCAUUCACGACCCGGCUCUAGGCAUUCAUCCAUGUUGCACGGACAGCGUGCGCAUCGCGGACCGCCCAGUAAUAUAUAAACAAAAGAAUUCUUUGAUAAUGUCCACUCAAGCGACAGUUUAACUGCGAAACAAGUCUCAAAAUGUAUAUAACUGCAAUUAAGAAACUCUAUUCCAAAUUUCUUUGAUUAUAGCCGCUGUAAAAUACUAAAUGUUAAACGAAAUUUUCUUACUUAAAGUGUAACUAAUUUUAAUUUUACUACUAAACAUAAGUCAUUAGUUUGUCAUAAGUACGAACAUAUGUAUGUGUACGAGUAUUAUUUAAGUUGCUUCAGCUAAAUGUAUAAAGAAUCGACAAACAACAAAUUAUAAACAUUAAUUUUAAAUGAAACAACACCACACUAAAACUACUUAGUCUACAAAAUUGUAAGCAACUACUUUUGGCAAAGCGUUAAA